AUGGAUGUUGACCCGACUCGAGACCAGGAGCGCAAGCAAUGCCUUCAAGCGGCAGGCCUUGAACUGUCAUCGAAGAAUGUGACCGAGGCGGAUGACUAUGUGACCGUCUGGUUUAACCUGGAUCCUAAGACGGAUAUGGAAAAGGUGAGCCAUGUCAUCGCGAGCUCGCACCAAGAGAUCAUGCGGCGCCAAGCGACCAAGGAUUGGGCGAACCCGACCCUUAUCUACAAGUUCUCCUACACCUGCACUCAUCGUGAUAUCGCUUCUUUCGCUGAACUGGGUGUCAAGGUGUGUAUUGAACUUGAGAAUCCCUGA